UUAAUUCACCAACAACUGCACCCGAGUCAUAACAAUCGUCCAAAUAAAUCGUUUUCAAUAGUGGCUAGCUGGACAUUGAGUGGAUGUGUACGUGGGAUUUGUUUUUUGAUGUAUAGUUAUUACGAAACCACUGACGAUUUGGAAGAUAUCGUCUUGAACAUGGUACAUUCAUGGAGGAUAACAAGGUUAGCCACCCUUCCGAAGAUUCUGUGAAAAUGGGCUAUUAUGCACCGAAGAGGGUUUUUUACCCCAAACGUCGACCAUGCUAGUAGAGAAUGAUUAAUCUGUCUGAAAAGGACUUUCACAUUUCCCACGAUUUUAGGCUAUCCAACUCAACCUGGAUAAUAGCUCUCAAUAACAAAUCUAUGCCUAAAGAUUGCUAGCUAGUCCAUCAUUACGUCCAACCAUCUUCCGAUUCGGAUCGAUCGACAACAGUGGCUAGCUAGUUAGCCUACUACCUAGCUAACAACAUAGCAUGCUGGUUCGCUGUCUGUCGUCGACCACGAAUCAUUGACGUGCGAAAUGAAGUUUGAAAUGAACUGUUCUUGUCAACAUAUGCUUGUGAUAUUGGUACAGUUUUUGGCCUGUCAAAUUGAGGUUGUCAGUACAACCAUACAGCAAGUUUAGCUGUCUGCCAUACUUGCUAGCUUGUGUUAGCAAGCUAGCUGCCUAGCCAUUGCAGCUGGACACUGCUAUCAACAUCUGUCUACCGAUGCAAUGGUCGGAUUGCCAACAGUUUUGGUAGAGGAAUGCUCAUUUUUGGGUGGAUAUUCUGAGGCUGCGGGGCGCACAGAAGAUUGUACUUCUCAAUACAGACCACGGGCCUCAACACACACUGUUUUAAUGUAAAAAGUGGCCGCGAAGACACCUUGCCCGCUGGCUCCGAGAUAGCGUACGACUACGGGCGGCUGAAGUCAUGCAAGCGGCCCAGGUUCAGUACGACUUUUUCAGCGAGGAGAACGCACCGAAAUGGCGGGGACUCUUGGUACCCUCCCUAAACAAGGUGCUGAGCCAGGUGCACCCCAAGCUCAAGUCCCAGGAGGAGGCGCUGCAGUACAUCGAGGAGCUCAUCCUGCUGCUGCUCAGCAUGCUGUGUCAGGCCCAGCCCCGCAGUGUGCAGGACGUGGAGGAACGUGUGCAGAAGAGUUUCCCCCACCCCAUAGAUAAGUGGGCCAUAGCUGACGCCCAGGCAGCCAUUGAGAAAAGGAAGAGGAGAAAUCCAUUGGCGCUUCCAGUGGACAAGAUUCACCCGCUACUCAAGGAGGUACUAGGGUACAAGAUUGACCACCAGGUCUCUGUGUACAUCGUGGCAGUGCUGGAGUACAUCUCUGCCGACAUCUUGAAGCUAGCGGGGAACUACGUACGCAACAUCCGCCACUACGAGAUCUCCCAACAGGACAUCACCGUUGCCAUGUGUGCCGACAAGGUUCUCAUGGACAUGUUCCACCAGGACGAGGAGGAUAUCAGCGGCUUCCCCCUCAUGGACGAGGAGCCGUCUACAUCAGAGGAGCAGAGCUACUACGACCUGGUCAAGACCUUCAUGGCCGAGGUGCGCCAGUACCUCCGCGACCUCAACCUCAUCAUCAAGGUGUUCCGGGAGCCCUUCACCUCCAAUGCCAUGCUAUUCUCUCACCACGAUGUGGAGAGCAUCUUCAGCCGCAUUGUGGACGUCCACGAGGUGUCCCUCAAGCUGCUGGGCCUGAUCGAGGACACGGUGGAGAUGACAGAUGAGGGGAGCCCACACCCGCUGGUGGGCAGCUGCUUUGAAGACCUGGCUGAGGAGCUGGCCUUUGACCCCUAUGAGUCGUACGCUCAGGAAAUCCUGCGGACCGGCUUCCACGACCACUUCCUGAGCCAGCUAUCCAAGCCGUGCGCUGCCAUCUACCUCCAGUCUAUAUGUGAAGGCUUUAAGGAAGCAGUCCAGUACGUCCUCCCCAGGUUGCUGCUGACGCCAGUCUACCAUUGUCUCCACUACUUUGAAAUCUUAAAGCAACUUGAGGAGAAGAGCAAGGAUGAGGAGGACAAAGAGUGUCUGAAGCAGGCCAUCACCGCUUUGCUAAACCUCCAGAGCAGCAUGGAGAGGAUCUGCUCCAAGAGCCUGGCCAAGAGGAGGCUGAGCGAGUCGGCCUGUCGCUUCUACAGCCAGCAGAUGAAGGGAAAGCACCUGGCCAUCAAGAAGAUGAACGAGAUCCAGAAGAACAUCGACGGCUGGGAGGGCAAGGACAUUGGCCAGUGCUGCAACGAGUUCAUCAUGGAGGGCACGCUGACACGUGUGGGCGCCAAGCACGAGCGCCACAUCUUCCUGUUCGACGGCCUGAUGAUUUGCUGCAAAUCCAACCACGGGCAGCCUCGCCUCCCCGGCGCCAGCUCCACUGCAGAAUACCGCCUCAAGGAGAAGUUCUUCAUGCGCAAGGUCCAAAUCAACGACAAGGACGAUAAAGAGGGCGAGUACCGGCACGCCUUCGAGAUCAUCCUGAAGGACGGCAACAGUGUGGUGUUCGCCGCCAAGUCGGCGGAGGAGAAGAACGGCUGGAUGGCUGCGCUGAUCUCGCUGCAGUACCGCAGCACGCUGGAGCGCAUGCUGGACUCGGCCAUGCUGCAGGAGGAGAAGGAGGAGCAGAUGAGGCUACCGGGGGCGGAGUUGUACCGCUUCGCCGAGCCAGACUCCGAGGAAAACGUGGUGUUCGAGGAGAACGUCCAGUCCAAGUCGGGCAUCCCCAUCAUCAAAGCGGGCACAGUGCUAAAACUCAUUGAGAGGUUAACCUUCCACAUGUAUGCAGAUCCCAAUUUUGUCCGAACAUUUCUUACAACCUACAGGUCUUUCUGCAAACCUCAGGAGCUGUUGGGUCUUCUAAUGGAGAGGUUUGACAUACCUGAGCCCAAGCCCACGGAAGCAGACCAGAUGGCUAUAGAGAACGGAGACCAGCCACUCAGCGCCGAACUCAAGCGCUUCCGGAAGGAAUUCGUCCAGCCGGUCCAACUUCGAGUAUUGAAUGUAUGUCGCCACUGGGUGGAGCACCACUUCUAUGACUUUGAGCGGGACGCCCAUCUACUGAAGCGCCUGGAGGAGUUCAUAGCAUUGGUGCGAGGCAAGGCCAUGAAGAAGUGGGUGGAGUCUAUAACCAAGAUCAUCCAACGGAAAAAGCAGGCCCAGGCCAAUGGGCCCAGCCACAACAUCACCUUUGAGAGCUCUCCUCCACCCAUCGAGUGGCACCUCAGCAAACCCGGACAGACAGACCAGUUUGACCUCAUGACCCUGCACCCCAUUGAGAUCGCCCGUCAACUAACCCUCCUGGAGUCUGACUUCUACAGGGCAGUGCAGCCGUCGGAACUGGUAGGUAGUGUAUGGACCAAGGAGGACAAGGAGCUGAACUCUCCCAACCUCUUAAGAAUGAUCCGCCACACCACCAACCUCACGCUGUGGUUUGAAAAGUGCAUAGUGGAGACAGACAACCUGGAGGAGCGGGUGGCGGUGGUGGCUCGCAUCAUCGAGAUCCUGCAGGUCUUCCAGGAGCUCAACAACUUCAAUGGCGUGCUGGAGGUUGUCAGCGCCAUGAACUCCUCCCCUGUGUACCGUCUGGACCACACGUUUGAGCAAAUCCCAAGCCGACAACGUAAGAUCCUGGAGGAGGCCCACGAGCUAAGCGAAGACCACUACAAGAAGUACCUCGCCAAGCUUCGCUCCAUCAACCCACCCUGCGUGCCCUUCUUUGGGAUCUACCUGACCAACAUCCUGAAAACCGAGGAGGGGAACCCAGACUUCCUGAAGAGGCACGGCAAGGAGCUCAUCAACUUCAGCAAGCGGCGGAAAGUAGCAGAGAUCACAGGAGAGAUCCAGCAGUACCAGAACCAGCCUUACUGCUUACGGGUCGAGAACGAUAUCAGGAAGUUUUUUGAGAACCUGAAUCCAAUGGGUGAGAAAGCUGAGAAGGAGUUUGCAGACUACCUGUUUAACAAGUCCUUGGAGAUUGAGCCCCGCAACGCUAGGUCGUUGCCUCGAUUUGCCAAGAAGUACAGCUGCCCUCUCAAAUCGCCUGGCGUACGCCCCUCCUCGGUCCGCCCGGGCACCAUGCGCCACCCGACGCCGCUACAGAACGAGCCGCGCAAGAUCAGCUACAGCCGCAUCCCCGACAGCGAGACAGAGAGCGGCGCCGCCUCAGCACCCAACUCGCCCCGCACCCCGCUUACCCCGCCGCCGGCCUCUGCCGCCUCCAGCUCCACAGACAUCGGCAGCGUCUUCGACUCGCCCCAGGGCCCCAGCAGCCCCUUUCACUCCAGGUCCUCUUCGGUAUCCUCCAUGGUUAGUUUCCACAGGAGCUCAGAGGACGUCCCCGUCCCCCCGCCUGUCCCGCCCCGCCGACGGCCUGAGUCCGCCCCCGCUGAAUCCUCCCCCUCGAAGAUGAUGUCAAAGCACUUGGACAGUCCCCCUGCCAUUCCCCCUCGGCACCCCACCAACACAAAGGUCUACUCCCCCCGAUACUCUAUCUCAGCGGACCGCACCUCUGUGUCCGAGCCCCCGGAUAGCCCGCCCACCCUGCCGCCGCGUGAGCCAGUGAGAACGCCGGACGUCUUCAGCUCCCCGCUGCACCUCCAACCGCCUCCGCAGGGGCGCAUCCGCGGCGAACUGAGCCAGGCCUUCUUCCCCCCUUCCUCCGUCUCCUCCCCGCUGCCCUUCUGCCCCCUCACCCCACCUCCGCCCCCAACACCCUCUCCCUCGCUGGGGCCACGCAAGCACCUGCCCUCCCCGCCCCUGCUGCCGGGAGGAGGGGGGAUUCCAGACUGCGAGCCCCUCACCCCAAAUGCCGCCGGGCCCCCUGUGCCCCCCCGCCAGAGCACAAGCGGGGGGGCCAGCGCUUCCCAGGCCAUCCCCAAACUGCCCCCCAAAACUUACAAAAGGGAGUCGGUGUCUGCGCAUGCCUCCCUACACCGGGACGGUCCCCCUUUGGUGGAGAAUGCCAACCCCUCCUAAGACUUCUGUACGUGGUGACUCUUUGGUAGGGGGGGGAGAUUAGAUGAGCUAACACUAAAGACUUCAGAUCAGAACAAAAGAAGUAAAGCAUAAAUUAAAACUUUGAAAGGAAAAUAAACUAAACUAAAAAACAGAUAGUCAGAGUAGAUUGUGUUCUUACCUGGAGUAAAAAAAAAUAAUGUGCCCUUAUGGGGAAAAAAAAAAAAAAAAAUGAAAGAUGAUUGUCUAUUUCUGAUUCAAGUACAGACCAUUGGAGAUUGCCUAUAAAACCCUUAAGGGGCUGUCUUAAUGUUUGUUUUUGUUUAUCGUUUGUGUGUUUGCUGUUUGUCAUUGUCCAGUGUUUAUUUCAGUGAGUUUUUUAUGUGAAUCGAUUGCAGCAGUACAUGUGAGCUCAAGUAGCCUACCCACCCCUGCACAUAUAGCUUGAACGACGAACCAUAACCAGGACCUCAAGUCCACCGCAUUCUGUCUGGACAUCGAAAGAAAGACUGUAGACCAGUUUGAACUUUUGACUCGAAUUAAUAAUCAAUAGGCUCAAUAUAGCAUUAUUACCUUGGUGAAAACAGUGAAUGGGCACUACUGGACUAACUCAUGUGAAGCCUAACAACCACAGACUUGAGAGAACUCCUUGAGCUAUUGGAGGGCUUCAAACCGAUUCAACACACACACAUAAUAACGAAUGUUCGACCCAUGCAACCUGCCCCAUUCUGAUGUAAAAGGGACUCUGGAGCCAUGUUGUUCGUGGUGUUUUAGGCUUUGUGUAGAGACUUUCAAUCCAAGGUGAGCAGUCAUGUGUGCCAGUAGUCAAGAGUACCAUGAUUUCAGGUACCCUUCCACACCAAAGAGGUACUUUUCAAGCAUUCAAGAAACACGAGUGAUUGUUCUUUUUUUGUGUUAGUACUUUUAUCUUCUGAUUCAUUUCUGUUUUGCCAAUGAGUAUGUAAAAAAAAAAAAAAAAAAAGAUUGCCUUCUUUAAACAAGGGAAUAAAGUGUUUCUACAACUCUACAGAGCAAGUCAGCCAUGAAAAUAGUAAAAGAACUACUGCCCUGAA